CGGGAAGCAACGAUGGCUGCUGAGCAGAAUAAGAGAGAGGAAUUCCUAAAAUCUGAUGUUUUCAAAAGAAACGCCUUCCAACUUAUUUAUAAAAUGUUGGAAAUGACUACAGAAACCCGGGAAGACACUUCAGAACUGGUGGAUGAGAUUCUUCACAGCAUUUUCUUUUUGGGGAGGAUUAAUAAACCAGCAUUUUCCCCCAGAGAACUUUUGGAUAAUGACGAUGAGAUACUGGAAUACUUAAAGGAAGUCCAUCCCGAGCCUUUCAGAUGGUGUUCCUCUCGCCUGCCAAGACGGAGCCCGUUUUCAUGUGUGCUGGACAUGGUUGUUUCUCUGAAGGGGCAGGAGAAUGAAGAUGUCAUAAGAACGACGCUGCAAGAAAUCAUACAUGAGUUGAUGGAAAACGCUCCCAAAAAACUGUUGUUCUCCACCACCCUCUGCGUCUCUCGUGUUCAUAAACAUAAAGAUUGGGUGAGGCACUACGGAGUCUCCAUGUCCACCACCGGGCGUCCUGCUGGCCAAAUCCUGGUUGCUGCCUCCUGUUUGAGCUUCUGGAAUGAGUAUGUGGCCGAUGCUGUGAUGAGCUACUAUCCUCAAAAAAGGAGGAAGGAAUAUUUUAACGGCACCAUCCAGCUUCCUUCAGGUGCAAGUUGUGAGGCCUUUAACAUCAGAGGGGGAGAAAAAAUAAAACCUUGCCUUUCUUGUAAAAAUCUGUUUGGCUUGGACACGACUGAAACACAGUGCUGGCCCUAUGGCAACUGUGCUGAAGUAGAAAGUUUAAGCAACUUGCUUAGAGAGGAAGAAGAAGCUAGAGAGAGAGUACGAAGAACUGGAAACUGGAACGAAGAAAACAGGGAAAAGGUUAGACGGGAAGUUUCCAGACAUCUUAUGAAUUUACUGAAAAAUACGGAUGGCUUUGCAUGGGAUGAGAAUUAUUACACUCCACAAAGGGCCAGACCUGAAAUGGAGAUGAUGAUGAAGGGCUGAUGGUUUAACUGUAAAAUCCUAUUCAAUCUCUGUGAUAUGUCUUAUGUCAACGGUUUGGGGAUAGAAAAUAUUUUUUAGUAAUUUCUUUUAUGCAAAAUGUGUAACAACAUUUCAGAAAAGUAAUAUUAUUACUGAGGAUAAAAUGUGACGUAAUGUGCAUCUUUAGCCUCGGUGCGUGCCUUUUAUCAAGCAUAAACUCAGCUGUCGGUGUGCCAACGCUGUUGUAGGCCUUAAAAUGUAAAAACACAGAGCUCUUGAAACACAGAGCUUUUGUGUCUAUUUUUAAAUUUAUGCCAUGUGCCUCCUGUUAUUUUCUAUUUAUUUCCUUUUGUUUCUUUUCAGCUCUUUGGGACAGUUUGGUUGUUUAAAGAGCUUCAUUAAUAAAGAUGGAUUGGGCUUUGUUGGAUAUGAGUAAUAGUAUGUAUAUAGCAAAAUGAUUUAUGACAUACUGUAAAUCUAUCUAUUGAAAAUCCAAUAAAUCUUUUAUGACUUUG